CUCCACUACCUCCACACCUUCCUACAGCUGACACAACAUUCUGUUACAGUUUAAACAAAACCAUGGACCCUGACUACUUCAAAACUUAUGACAUGUGCUGGGGUACCCUUGGAACGGUGCGACCCUUUUCUAAUUUCCACCCUGAUCGGGAUGCCGCUGAGAUUCAGACAGCACUGGAGAAGAAAGAUGGGGCGAAUCUGGUGAGAAUCCUAACCAAUCGGAGCAACGCUCAGAGACAAGUGAUCAGCCAGACCUAUGAAGAGACAACACAUAAGGACCUGGCAGCCGGUGUGAAAAAAGCUCUGGCUGGAGACGUGGAGGCUCUACUGCUGGAACUGCUGAUGACUCCUCUGCAGCACGAAGCUUAUCGCCUGCAGCAGGCCAUGGUGGGUUUAGGCACAGAUGAGGAAACACUACUGGAGAUUCUGUGUACCCGUUCAGGAAAGCAGCUUCAAGAAAUCAGUGCAGCAUACCAACAAGUGUAUAAGAAGGACCUGGAGAAGGAGCUCAAAGGAGAAACCAGUGGAGACUUUACUGCGCUUCUUUUGUCUUUGUUGAAUAAAGAAGAUGUUGCUGGUAGCGUUCAAAGAGAUAUUGAGUCUCUUUCUGCGUCACUGAAUGGGAAAAAAGCUGAUACAGGACCGUGGAUUGACAUACUGACCUCCAGAGACUCAGACCACCUGAACAAAGUGCUGAUGGGACUGGAGCUAAGGAGCGGACUGACGGUGGAUCAGAUUCUGGAGAAGAGAUUUUCAGGAGACAUUCAACUGGGUUUGAAAGUUUUAGUGAAUUGCAUUCAAAGCCCUGGCACCUACCUCGCCAAGAGACUUUCUACCACAAAGGCUCCAAUAAUGCAGGGAAUUAUGGUGGCUCACUCCGAGGAAGAUCUGCUGUGUAUCCGAGCUGCCUACCUCAAAUUAACAGGAACUUCUCUCUACACGGCUUUACAGAAACAGUUCAAAGGAGUUCAUCUACAGGCUCUGCUCGCCAUCUGUCGAUCUGAAGAUUAAGCCAUGCAUUUUUUUAUGCAUUUAUACAGUUCCUUUUCCAGCUAAAUCAGUCUAUGACAAUGCAGAAAUAAACUUUAUGUUCUGUCUAUUGCCUCUUUACAUAUUUUAUGUAAUGUCAUUUAAUUGCAUGCUUUGGCUAUGCUUGUUUUAUUGACUUAUACAAAUAUAUACAGCUAAAUGUAAGAGGUUAUUUUAUGAGUGCAGUUUGGCUAUUUGUUAUUUUAUCACUUUAUACGUCCCAUAAUACUUCCUCUUCCUCCUGAUGUUAUAUGUGCAUACAGUAUUUUUAUUUCUUCAAGUAAUACUUAUAAACAGAGAUCAAUGGCA